AAAUUGAAUUUUACUUUAUUUGUAAUUUUAUUAUAUUCGUUUAUUAUAUUCCUAUUAUAUAAAAUAACAAAUGAAAUACAUUGACUAGAUACAUAUUGUAUUUAAUCUUUUAUUUUGAAUCUUAAAGUUAAUUUUUGAAAUAUAUUAAAUAUUUCAAUACAUUGUUGGAAUUUUUUGUAGUAAUAUUUUCUAAUAAAAAUAAAUUUUUUCAAUAAUUUCAAUAAUCAAAAAUGUCUGCAGGUGAGGUAAAAAAGACAGAAGAACCUUUAAUAUUUCAUACGUAUCCUUUAUGUAAAUAUAGUGAUAUGCGAGAAGAAAUGAAACAAGAAGCAAUAGAAAUAUGUGUUACUGCAACGGAAAAAUAUACUGAUAACCAUGAAUUAGCAGCUCGAAGUAUUAAAGAAAAUUUAGAUAAUAGAUUCGGAGGUCCAUUUCAUGUUGUCAUUGGAGAAUCAUAUGCUUGUGCAGUUACAUAUCAAGCAACAUCAUUAUUAUACAUGUAUAAUGCUGGCAAUAUUGCUAUUCUUGUAUGGAGAACAGUUUCAACUUUUUAA